GGGCAGAGUUCUGUUGUGCUUCUCGUUGCCCUGGGCACAGGCCCCGCCUCCCUGCCCAAGGACUCCCAGAGCUGGUAGCUCUCCAACACCUGUGCCAAGAGACCAGUGGGCCAUGGCUGCCACCACCUUUGCCCCCAAAGUCAGCCAGGCCCUGAUGACGCCAGAGCCUCGUCACCUCCCUGGCUACAGAAGGCACUGUCCCUGCUACAAGUUCACCCUGGGCCAGACCUAUGGGACACUCACCUCACAGCUGCUCACCGGCCCAGAGGGAGCACGCCCCGGCCAGCUACAUCUGCAGCCCCACCGCUGUCCCCACGGCCCCCACGGCUGCCUGGAGGAGGGCGCCAGAGAGCACCAGGGUGCAAACACCAGCCUGUUCACUUGCCGCACCAUCCCGGGAUACACAGGGUUCAUCCCUCGGGCACAGAACCACUUUGCCAAGACCUACACCCAGAUCUGCAAGCAGGCAGGGCAGGAGUUCGCCAGGCAGCUGGCGAGGGACGCUGGCCGGGGGCAGGGGCACCAGGUGACGGCAUCUCCACAGGACGUCAAGCUGAACUUUGAACUCCCCACGGCCGAGGAGAAGCCUCAGCUGCCAGCUGCCGGUAAAGCUUCUUCUCGCGGAGUGCCCGCCGGUGCCUUCAAGCCGCACGGAGCACCUGCUGCAGCCGAGGAGGAUGACGGCCCCCCAAGACACUUCAUCCCAGGCUUCACGGGCUUCGUCCCUCGGGCCCGCUACUUGAUCGGGGCCGGCUACCCAACUCUCACCCGGCGCGCCUGGGCGGAGUUUCGCCAGAUGCUUCGGAAGCAGCGGCACGAGAUUCCCCCAGAGAUGGGCGCUCAGACGCAGAGCGACAGCCGAGUCCUGCCACCGCUGGUGAAGACCUACCCCACAGACAAGGGCCUCCUGCCCCACUACCAGGGCUACGUGCCAGGUUACAAGUUCCGGUUUGGCCGCACCUACGGCCACCUGACGUACGACGCCCUGGGCCGCAGCCUGCCGGAAAAGCUGGUGCCAGAUCGCCUGCCCUAGCAGGCUGUUUCCCCAGCCCCAGAUCAGGCCCAUUUCUGGGGGGGGGGCACAGCCCCUGCGGCUCUUCCCUGGACCAAAGACACAUCUGGGGGGGAGAGGCUGCCAUCUGCGUACCUUCGCCACCAGUCCAUUGCAAGCCCUGAGCAACCGGAGGCCACUGGCUCUUGGAGGGGGGAGGGGGGCCCUGAGCUGCCUGGAACUGACAAUUCACCAGAAAACCACUCCUGGGGUGCGGGACAGCAGCUGAUCACCAGAGCCUGUGAUUCUCAGCCAGGCCCACCAGUUCACCCAUUCAGUAUCCGACAGCUUUUUAAGGAUGUGCAGGGCCCUCCCUGCCUUAAAGGGGGUCCUGCAGAAGGGCCAGGGGAGUUGGGGGUCAGAAAACUGCAGUGUCUCUUACCCACAAAGGUCAAUGUGGUUGCGGAGGGGAUCUCCCUUUUGCCACGUUUUGAGCUGUCGGAGAGCAGAGGGUUUGUUUUUGCUGCCCAAAGCAAAAUCUGGAUAGAGCAAGCAAGAGGCAGCAUUUGCCACUUCGGGGCUAGCCACCCCCCCCCCCCACACAGAAUCAAUGGCACCUCCAAUGGACAGGGGCUUCUUUUUCUCAGGGAAGGUCAUGGCUUCAGAGACCCAGGGAGGGGGGCACAGACAGGCCGGCCACAGACCCCAGAAGCUGCUGCCUGCGUGUCCUGCAACAACCCCCCAGGGUGGUCUCCCGUAACCCACAGAGGCCUGGCCUCGCCCCAGAGCGUCCGCCGUGGGAGCAGCUCUCCCUUCCUCAGAUUCCCCUGCAGCAGCCAUCUUUCCAGAGAGCACGGCAGCAGACUCGGCUGGUGCUUCAAGUAACGUCAGCAAGGCAGCCCCUCCCCCCCAGCUGCAAUGGGGCUGGUGGGUGCUGCUGGGGAGGGGGACGGGCUCUUGGGCGGGAGGCUGUGGGUGUUGGCCCCUGCCUAGGCUCUGCCGUGUCCUGCCUGCCUUGGAAAACCUGGCAGGGCAAGAGAAGUCACAAGGAAGAAGAGGCGCUUGGAGCAGCUCUUGCUGGGGGCCCCUGGAGAGAGAGAGGCCUGCCAUUCCCGAGCCCCACGGGCCCGGCUCUCUGCACGUGGCUGGCCCACUGAAGGUGGCAGAAGGAGCCAGGCAGCCUCCCCAACCCUGAAGCACGACUGCAAAGGAAUCCGAGCUCUCCUUUGCUCUUCAAAAAUCUCCAGAGGUGGCCCCCGCUGCAUCUGCCAUCCCCCCCAGCAUCCCCCCCCCCGAACUGUUGCCUGGUAUUUGGAGCAGCUAUUCUUACUGACUGCAAUGAGGCAGACUUUGCCCCAACAGGAGUGGGAGGGGAAGGGGGGGCAGGCAGAUGCAGGAACAAAAAUGCAGCCACCCAUCCUCUCCUGGAUCCCGUUCAAGGCUUCUAGAAGCCCCUCCUCCCUUCUGCAAGUUGUGGGAGAGGAGUAGAAACAAUGCCCCUCUCCCACAUCAGCCCAGAUGUUGCACCUGAAUGCUGAACCCUCUUUCCUCCUGUGUCCCUCCCUUUGGCCUUCCCUUGUGAGGGCUUCUGCCUUCUCCUUUUUAAAUCUUGAGCGGCACCCACACUGUGGCUCUCCCGUUUUGCUCCCAUUGCUGCUGUGUGGCAGCGUGUUCACACACCCGUUUCAGCAGCGAGUUCUUGCCCCACUGCAGUGGCCUUGCAGGUCCCCCCCACCCAUUCCUUUUUAAAAAAAGCCACCUACACCUUUCCCCCGACAUCUCAGUAAUGGAAAGGGCCGCAUCCAUAUUUUUGAAGAGCAAAAGCGAAAAUUCAGAAGAACGAGUGGAUUGUGGCAACGGGCUGUUGUGAACU